AUGUUCAGAUUAGCCCAACGCCGUGCCUUUUCGGCCACUGCCCGCACCAAUGAUUUUGCCAAGAUGUCCAUUAUCGGCCGUAUUGGUAGCGAAUACCAAGAGUUUACUACUGCUAACGAUACUCGUUACUUGAAAUACUCCAUUGCUUCUCAGCCAAGAAAGGACAGCAACACAAACUGGUUCAAUGUCACUGUUUUCAACACUAACCACAUCAAUUUCAUGACACAAUACGUCAAGAAAGGUGCUUUGGUUUACAUCGAAGCUGAUGCUUCUAACUAUACUUUCGAAAGAGAAGAUGGUUCCAGGGGCCAAAGUUUGAGUUUGGUUCAAAGGGAUAUCAACUUGUUGAAGAACCCAAAGGCACCUGAAACUGAAGAAGAACAACAAGCUUAA